CGCCGCACGCACGCGCACUGCACCCAGCAUGAGGGUCGUGGCCCUGAUCAGUGGUGGGAAAGACAGCUGUUACAAUAUGAUGCAGUGCAUUGCUGCUGGGCAUCAGAUUGUUGCUUUAGCAAAUCUAAGACCCGAUGAAAACCAAGUGGGAUCUGAUGAACUGGAUAGCUACAUGUAUCAGACAGUGGGUCAUCAAGCCAUUGACUUGUAUGCAGAAGCAAUGGCUCUUCCCCUCUACCGCAGAACCAUAAGAGGAAGGAGCUUGGAUAUAGGACAAGUGUACACCAAAUGUGAAGGUGAUGAGGUUGAAGAUCUCUAUGAACUUUUGAAACUUGUUAAGGAAAAAGAAGAAGUAGAUGGGAUAUCAGUAGGUGCUAUACUUUCUGAUUAUCAGCAUGCUCGAGUACAAAAUGUGUGUAAAAGGCUUAAUCUCCAACUCUUAGCUUACCUUUGGCAAAGGAACCAGGAAGAUUUGCUCCGAGAGAUGAUAGCAUCUAACAUUCAAGCAGUGAUCAUCAAAGUAGCAGCUUUGGGUUUAGAUCCAGAUAAACAUCUUGGGAAAACGCUGGAUGAGAUGGAGCCUUAUCUCUUAGAGCUUUCUAAGAAAUAUGGAGUCCACGUAUGUGGAGAAGGUGGAGAAUAUGAAACAUUCACUUUGGAUUGCCCUCUAUUUAAGAAGAAAAUAAUUGUGGAUUCUUCAGAAGUGGUUGUACAUUCAGCUGAUGCAUUUGCACCUGUGGCUUAUCUACGCUUUUUAGAAUUGCACUUAGAAGACAAGGUAUCUCCAGAGCCUGACAACUAUAAAACAUCUACGUAUAUACAUAAUUUUUGAAAAAGCAUUUUCAAAAACAUCAUUGACUAAGCAGUCAUUUUUGUACAGAAAAGUUAACAUAGCAUUUUGUCAAUUACCAUGGCCAGUUUUUCCCAUUACUUUAUUUUUUUAUUUUUUAAAUGCUUUUUUUAAGAAGAAAUUAAUAGAAUCAUUGAUUAAUUGAAAAAAUAUCAACAGCUUAUUCAUUAACAUUACCAAAUUCUCUAUAUUGACUUUUUCUUUGGUUAACACAACCUUUCCGUGACUUCUGUGUGACAUAUGUCUCUUUUGUUCCCCUUUAAUUUUACCUGUAACACCUAUGUGUGUAAUUAUUUCUUUCAUUGCACUACUUUCCUCUUUAUUCUUCCCAUCCUUGCAAUCUAUGUCAUGAUACAGAAGCAUAUGAAAAGACAAUCACUUUAUUUAGCCAGUUGAGUUUAUUUUACUGCAUAUCACCAAAAUGAUCUCUAAUUUUUGUUUUGAAUGUACUUAUGUUUCAAAAGUAUCAACGUUGCUGGACAAAUAGGAAUAAUACCAUUACUUUUAUUGGUUAUUUUAUAAUCAUGUUUAUUUACACCCUCUUUAAAAAAAAUAGAAUGUGGGGCAUCUUUCAGUUCACAGCAAAAUUGAGAUGUACGGAGUUCCCAUAUAUACUCCCUGCUUCCACAGAAGCAUGGCCUACUCCACCAUUAACUUUCUGUGCCAGAGUCAUACAUUUUUUACAACUGCUGAACCUAUUUUGAUUAAAUAUUAUCAUAAAAAGCCCAUAGUUUACAUUAAGGCUCUCUGUUAAUUUUUACAUUCUAUAUGUUUUGAUAAUGUCAAAUGACAUGUAUCCACUAUUACAAUAUCAUACAGAAUAGUUUUGCCACCUUAAGAUCUAUGUUCCACCUAUUCAUUUCUUCAUUGGUCUUCUUUAAUCUCUGGCAACCACUCAUUUUAUUGUCUCCAUACCUUUGUUUUUUCCAGGAUGUCAUAUAAAAUCAUACAGUAUGUAUCCUUUCCCGAUUAGCUUCUUUCUCUUAUUAAUUUGCAUUUAGGUUCCCUCAUUUUUUUAAAGUCUUGUUAGCUUAUUUCUUAUAAUUACCUAAUAAUAUUCCAUUGUCUGAACAUAACAAAGUUUAUUAUAUCCUUUCACCUCCUGAAGGACAACUUAGUUGCUUCCACCUUUUGGCAAUUAUGAAUAUAACUACUAUAAACAUCCAUGUGCAUGUUUUUGUGUAAACGUAAGUUUUCAAUUCAUUUGUGUAAAUACCAAUGAGUAUGAUUAUUGUAUUUAUAAAAGUAUAAUGAAAGGAUGUUUAGCUUUGUAAGAAACUGACAAACUGUCUUCCAUUAUAGCUGUACUAUUUUGCAUUCCCACCAGUAAUAAAUGAGUUUCUUUUCUUCCAUUCUUACCAGCA